GUUGGACAAGCCGAACGUGUGAGAGGAGUGCAUGGAUGAUAUCGUAUCAACUUGGAACAACCAGAGUAUAAUCCUUUGCUCUAAUUGUCAAAUGUUAAAAGUUUUGUAUGAUGCGUAAGAGCAUUGCUCACUUCAAUAAACGAUGCCUACUCCGCUGUACUUAAUUCAUAGUCCUAGAUCAGUUCGAUCGGAUACGGAUCACAAUCAUCCAACAUGCGAAGUCAACCACGAAGAAGAAGAUCUUCAACAAACUCAAGCCUUCAAGAGUUGGCUUCUAUCCCGGCUGAAGCUUCCAACUGGCCAUGGUAUUCAAAACACAAAGGUGAAUCAAAUCAAUGCACACGAUAAUAAUGAACUGCAAGCCAUCUUAACACAGCCGGCUGAGGCCGAAGUAUGCUUACUUAGCGAUAGCCCAUACCGGAUUCUAAGGGCGGCAGAAGCCGGUAAUCUAGAGGAAUUCAUACGCCUGUAUGAAGGGGACAAUAACCGACUUUCGGUGAAGGAUAGCAAGGGACGCACGGCUGCCCAUCAGGCGGCUGCACGGAAUCGAGUUAACAUCCUUACCUUCAUACACGGCCAAGGCGGAAACUUGAAUGCACAGGACAUGGUUGGAAACACACCGCUUCAUACGGCAGUCGAAAACGAUUCGUUGGAUGCGCUGGAAUUUCUGUUGAAAAUUCCGGUGGCAACGAAUGUACUGAACGAAAAGAAGCUCGCUCCAGUGCAUCUUGCUACAGAGCAGAACAAAGUGCACGCUCUGCAGGUGAUGGGUAAAUAUCGAGAAGUAAUCGACAUACAGCAGGGCGGAGAACACGGCAGAACGGCCUUGCAUUUGGCGGCCAUUUACGACAACGAAGAGUGUGCUAGAAUAUUGAUAUCCGAGUUUGGAGCGUGUCCAAGGAAACCCUGCAACAACGGAUACUACCCAAUACACGAGGCCGCUAAAAACGCCAGCUCCAAAACGAUGGAGGUCUUCUUCCAGUGGGGUGAAUCGAAGGGUUGUACCAGGGAGGAGAUGAUUUCCUUCUACGACUCGGAAGGCAACGUGCCGCUACAUUCGGCCGUGCACGGUGGCGACAUUAAGGCGGUGGAGCUGUGUCUUAAAUCUGGUGCAAAAAUUUCGACGCAACAGCACGACCUCUCAACGCCGGUUCAUCUGGCGGCUGCCCAAGGGGCGAUUGAGAUAGUGAAGCUCAUGUUUCGUAUGCAACCACUCGAGAAGCGUAUCAGUUUGAACUGCACUGACAUCCAGAAGAUGACUCCGUUACACUGUGCCGCCAUGUUUGACCAUCCGGAAAUUGUCGAGUAUCUGGUGAAGGAGGGUGCCGAUAUCAAUGCGAUGGAUAAGGAGAAGCGCUCACCCUUGCUGCUGUCCUCGUCACGCGGUGGCUGGCGCACCGUGAUGGCCUUGAUUAGGCUGGGCGCAAACAUUAGCCUAAAGGACGCCAACUCACGGAACGUCCUACAUCUGGUCAUUAUGAACGGUGGGUGUUUGGACGAGUUUGCGAAAGAGGUUUGUCGCACACAGUCCGAGAUUUAUCUGUUGCAGCUGCUGAACGAGAAGGACGACGCCGGUUGUUCGCCGCUGCACUACGCUAGCCGCGAAGGCCACAUACGGUCGCUGGAGAACCUGAUCCGGCUAGGAGCGUGCAUUAAUCUUAAGAACAAUAACAACGAGAGCCCACUGCACUUUGCAGCGCGCUACGGACGAUACAACACCGUACGCCAGCUGCUCGACUCCGAAAAGGGGACGUUUAUCAUCAACGAAAGCGAUGGCGAAGGACUCACCCCGUUGCAUAUUGCGUCGCAGCAGGGUCACACAAGGGUCGUCCAGCUUUUGCUGAAUCGAGGAGCACUGCUACACCGGGACCACAAUGGACGCAAUCCACUUCAUCUGGCUGCAAUGUCUGGUUACAGGCAGACGAUCGAGCUGCUGCAUUCCGUCCAUUCGCACCUGUUGGAUCAGGUCGACAAAGAUGGGAAUACAGCGCUGCAUUUAGCGACGAUGGAGAAUAAACCAAAUGCGGUGAUACUACUGCUAAGUCUUGGCUGUAAACUGCUACACAAUUACAUGGACAUGAGCGCUAUCGAUUAUGCGAUUUAUUACAAGUAUCCCGAAGCGGCCCUGGCUAUGGCAACCCACGAGGAGCGCUCCAGCGAGGUGAUGGCACUCAAAUCGGACAAACAUCCGUGCGUAACGCUCGCACUGAUCGCUUCGAUGCCGCGUGUUUUUGAAGCCGUACAGGACAAUUGCAUCACCAAGGCUAACUGCAAGAAGGACUCGAAAAGCUUCUACAUUCGAUACUCGUUUAGCUGUCUGCAGUGUCCAGCACUGUACGCGCAAAUGGACGCUCGCACCGGAGAAGCCGUCCAGAUAUCGAAACCGAUUCCGCUUCCCGCGUUGAAUAUCAAAUAUUCAUUUCACGCGUACCAAAAGUCACAAGAGGGCAUUGCAGAAAUGCGGAAAACUUUGAACGAUCCCAAAUGGCGCCCACAACCUUUGCAUGUUGUUAAUGCCAUGGUGGCACACGGUCGUGUGGAGUUACUGGCCCAUCCCCUCAGUCAAAAGUACUUGCAAAUGAAGUGGAACUCCUACGGCAAAUACUUUCACCUAGCCAACUUGCUGUUCUACAGUGUGUUUUUGUUUUUCGUGACACUGUUCACGUCCCAGCUGAUGCGCAACGCUACUCCUAUCGGGCAUACGGAUGGAAAUCACACACAAGCAGCAGGUACACCGGUGGACAGUGGGCAACAUAUACUGGCACUCCGCUCAACAAUAGCCCGUUCGAAGGGAUACAAUUUGGGUACCGUGGCUAAUGUGAGCUCCUCCGUAGCACCACCUACGAUUGAGGAACAGAUGGAAGUCACAACCACGACGCUUGUCUCCGGGAUCGGUAUAAUUAUCUAUAUUGUCGUCAAUGCUUUGCGUGAGCUGGUGCAGGUUUACCAACAAAAGUGGCACUACUUACUCGAGCCGAACAACUUCAUCUCGUGGAUACUGUAUACGUCGGCACUGAUUAUGAUUUGGCCCAUGUUUUCUAGUGGGAUGUGCUUCAGUAUCAACUAUUCGGCGGCUUCGAUAACUGUCUUUCUGUCAUGGUUCAAUUUGCUGUUGUUUCUCCAACGAUUUGACCAGAUUGGUAUAUACGUGGUCAUGUUUCUGGAAAUCCUUCAAACGCUUAUCAAGGUCCUGAUUGUGUUCAGCAUUUUGAUCAUCGCAUUUGGGUUGGCAUUUUACAUUCUGCUGUCGAAGGUGUCUGAGCCUCAAGUGAAUCAUCUGUCCUUCUCAUCGAUACCUAUGUCUCUGGUGCGGACCUUUUCGAUGAUGCUGGGUGAGAUGGAUUUCGUCGGCACGUACGUGCAACCGUACCACGUGGGAGAUCUACCCUUUCCUUUCCCUUCGUUUGUUAUACUCUGUUUGUUCAUGAUCCUUAUGCCGAUUCUGUUGAUGAAUCUGCUGAUCGGUUUGGCGGUUGGUGACAUCGAAUCGGUUCGUCGCAAUGCCCAACUCAAGCGGCUUGCCAUGCAGGUGGUACUGCACACGGAGCUGGAGCGCAAGCUGCCCCAGAUGUGGCUCGAGAUGGUUGACAAAAUGGAGCUGAUCGAGUAUCCGAACGAGAAAAAGUGUAAACUUGGCUUCCUCGAUUCCGUCCUGCGUAAGUGGUUCUGCAAUCCUUUCACGGAUGAUUACAAAGGUGGUAUCGAUUAUGUACUGGAAAACACGGAAGACUACGUAGCGGUUGAGUUGGAGAAGCAGAAACGAAAACUGCGUGACAUUGGUACAGCCCUGGAUGCACAACAUCAAUUGCUUCGGUUGAUCGUACAGAAAAUGGAGAUAAAAACCGAAGCAGAUGACGUCGAUGAAGGUGUCUCGACAAGCGAUCUGAAGGCGUCCAGCGGGCUAUUGACCGGGACUCGAUCAUCGCGCUGGUCAUCGCCGAGAAUACGCAAGAAACUAGGUGCCACCCUCAGCUUCAACAAAUCUAUUGGCAAGUGA